GGGAAGAGCCUCGGCCACUGGUCCGACCUGGCGGUCCACCAGUCCUCCCAUUCCAGCGAGAAGCCCAACGCCUGCCCGGAGUGCGGGAAGAGUUUCCGGCAGCCCUCCGCUCUCGUCCAGCAUCGGCGGACCCACACGGGGGAGAGGCCCUACAAAUGCACCCAGUGUCUCCGGUCGUUCGGCCGCAGCUCCACUCUCAUCCAGCACCAGCGGACUCACACGGGGGAGAAGCCCUUCAAGUGCCCCGACUGCCCCAAGACCUUCGGCCGGCGCUCCAAUCUGGUCCAGCACCGGAGGACGCACACGGGCGAGCGGCCCUACAAGUGCGCCGAGUGCGAGAAGACCUUCGGCCUCAGCUCCACGCUCCUCCAGCACCAGAUCAUCCACACGGGGGAGAAGCCCUACAGGUGCGAGGCCUGUGGCAAGGCCUUCAACCGCCCCUCCAACCUGACCAACCACCGGCGCACCCACACCGGUGAGCGGCCCUACGCCUGCCCCGACUGCGGCAAGGCCUUCUGCGAGAGCUCCACUUUGCUCCAGCACCGCCGAACGCACACGGGGGAGAGGCCCUACGGAUGCCCCGACUGCGGGAAGAGGUUCGGCCUCAGCUCCACCCUGACCCAACACCAGAUCACCCACAGCGGCGAGCGGCCCUACGACUGCCCCCGCUGCGGGAAGGCCUUCGGCCUCAGCUCCAGCCUCCUCCGCCACCAGCGCACUCACGCCGCCGAAAAGCCGUCGCCCCGACGGACCGACCCCGGGGAGGGGGACCCCCGGGACCUCGGCCUGGGGGCUGGGGAGGGUCCGCCCGGGAAGCGACCCCAGGGGAGACCCUUCCGCCGCACUGGCCGCGGGCGGGGAUGCUCCCGGAGCGGGCCGCGCCGGCCCAGCCGGCCAGGCGGGAAGGGCCUCGUGGCCUCCGCCCGCCCCGUCCGACGCGGCAACCUUGGGGCACGGAGGACGCACACGGGCAACUGCCACCAGGCCUUCGGCCGGACCUCCGAACUCGCAUAGCAACACUUCUA